CAAAGGCUGGAUGGCCUACUGUUCAUCAAACCAGUUCAACUCGGCAUUUGUGCUCGUGCUCUUUGGCGCCGUCCUUCUGCUCUCCAGUCUCGACGUGCAGCCCGCACGCGUCGCCGACGUGCGGUGGACGCGCAGCGAUGACGGGCGCCGGCCGGCCGCUGUGAGCGUUCACGCAGGAGAUCGUCGACGCGCAGGGGGGACUUCGGAGGUGCCGCGAGCGGAGGACGCGCGGCUGAGGGCCAGCCUUCCAGCUAACCGUCCCGCCGUCGGCACAUGCGAGUCGCUCGAGUGCGCGGCGCGGCUUGGGGUGAGCGAGCCGUCGUGGGUGGACCUCACCUUCCAGCCACGGAUCGACUGGAGGGGCGGCGGCGUGCGAGGUGACUGUGUCGCCGGUGAGCUCGAGUACAUCAUGCCCAAGUACUGCUCUCCCCGCGCCAAGAGGGCGGGCGGGUGGCCUUCUGAGGCGCGGCUGCGCGAGGCGGACGUGCACGCGAGCGGGCUGCCGCAGGCGGGCCUGGGCGAGCUGGCUGCGCUGCUGGGCGGCAAGAGCGCUGCUCGUGAUGGGCGACUCGGUGAUGGAGCAGUUUUACAACACGCUGCAGUGCCUCGCGGCGAAAGAGUCGCUCAAGGUGCCCCACUCGGCCUCGCACGAGUCCUUCCUGCUCGCGACCAAGCCCCUCUGGAACAGAGGCAAGCGGAAGAAGCCGCCCAAGCUGCCCGUCGAGGUGGCCAGCGGGAUGCGGAUGAUGUAUGCGCGCGUGACGACGAUGCAGCCGGACGAGGUCGAGGCGGCAAUUGGCUCGGCCGACGUUGUGCUCCUCAACUGGGGACUUCACUACCAGGAGAUGGACGGCUACCGCACGGACCUGCACCACUCGAUGGCACGCCUCGAGGCCUUCGCGGCGGAGCCGGGCCGGGCGGCGCUCUUCCAGGAGACGGGCGCGCAGCACUUCAAAUCGUCAGACCGGCGCGGCUAUGCCACCGGCGAGUGGGAGCAGCGCGACAAGAGCAGCGACAAGCUCUGCUCGUGCCAGCGGACGGAGGACUUCAACGUCAACACACGCAACCGCGUGCUGGGCUGGGGGUCCUACCCCCACGGGGGAGGCGGUGGCACUUUGGAAACUGCACGCACCGCCCCAACGGGUGGAACUACGACACGUGCUGCGACUGCACCCACUUCUGCUUCUCGCCGGCGAUGUGGGGCGCCCACCUGCACAGCCUGCUCGCGGUUCUGCGGCGUACGGCGGUCGCGGAGAAGCCGGCUGAGACCGUGCGCGAGAGGGUCGCGCGAGGCGCAGCUUGAGCGAAACACGCCGACGAGGGCUUACCCACAGGAUUUAGGCAUCGCUAAGAAAAAAACGGCAACGAGGGGGGCCUUAAUUAAAAAGAGAAAAAUCACCUU